GGGAGUGGAUUACAAUUGAAUGUAGAAAUCGUUGCUCAAGCUUUAUUCGAAUAACCCAAUGAAAUGUCAUACAUUUAACUACAUUUAAUUUCAUUUGAUAUGAGAACGCCCUCCAAAAAAAAAAAAAAAAAGGAAAACUUUUGUCGGUUGAGAUUAAUUUUAGUUCAACUGCGAUAUCAGGAGGGAGGGAUUGCUCCAGAAGGUUCACUUCAGUCCCUCGAAGCGCAAACGACUUCGGAAGCAGAGUUACGUACAUUAUACUCUAUAUCCGGAAACAAUGGGCGUCGGAACUAAGCUCUGGCUGAGUGUGGGAACAGUGAUUUGCCUAAUCGGAAGCGGGGCAGUGGCAGUGGCAGUCGGCGAGAUGCUCAAGUGCUACCAGUGCAACGAGGCGGAUCAGACGUGCGGAUCAGCGCAGAAGCCGCUCGGGCACAUUGGCGAGUGCCCCCACUCAACGAUGUGCUCGAAAACCGUAUUGACCAUGACCCUACUCGAGGGACAGCAGUGGGUCAAGACGAUGCGGGGCUGUGCCCAGCAACUGAAUACCACACAUGUCUUUGUCAAAAAAGCGUGGGUGGAAAAAAUCGUCGUGGAGGAGCCGUACCAAGAGGACUGCAUCGAGGAGAAGGUGAACGCCAGGAACACCGUUCUCCUCUGCCACUGUCGCGGACACCUGUGCAACGCAUCGCGCAGUCUCGCACCUGACGGCCGAAUGCUGCCGCUUAUCCUCUUGGGCUUUAUCUGGUACUGGAGCUAUAGGAAACUGCACAUGUGAUCGAGCGCCUACCAGUCGGACGCACUUUUUGGGGAGUGCCGGUGCUGAUGCUCGUACUUCCUGCUCUCUAAGCCGACUCAAAUUGUUUGAAAUUAGUUUUAAGCAGAUUAAAGAUUUAUGUGCGACACUUUCCGACUUGCCGGAGGAGAGACGUCUCGUCAAUGAAAUAAAACACACUCAAACUUGUUCUGACAUUGGAUAUGGAUCGUAAAUACUUGAAUUGACCGGAGAUUAGCAUCGAACCGAACCGAACCGAACCAAAACCGAUCCCAAGCCGAUCCUACCUGGCCGUGAUACACGGUACUCGGAUAAUAUGAAAUGCCAGUGACGCAUCGCAUCGAAGAAAGUGUGAGAUUUGGACAGAAUGUGAUUCCAAGGUCAAUGGAAAUAUACAUACAUACAUAUGUACAUAUGUAGAUAUUUUUUUAAUAAUAAAAUAACACCAGCAGCACCCUGCGGUGUGAAGAUCUCAUCUGAUAUCUGACUGCAAAUGCUCGUGGCAUGCAAAUCAAGUGCCAACCGCCCGAGCAUCACCAAUCGAACUU